AUGUCCGGAAACACUGUACACAAUUUUAUCCACCAACAAAUGGGCAAUUCUUUAUGGAAGCAUUCCGACAUUCCAAUAAGAAGGCUUCAAAGCAGAAAGGAGAAUUGCUUUUCAUAUUUACUUCCAGAUUUUGAUGGACUGGAAGGAUUUUUAAGGGACACUCCGAUAUUUACCUGUAAAUUCAACCCCAAACUUAGUAACGAGCACAUACUGGCAUUGGCAAACGAAGAUGGAAAGUUAGUUGUACAUAAUUGCCGUGAUCGUUCAAGAUAUGGAAUAAGAGCUCAUAACAACGCGAUAUUUGAUCUCGCAUGGACCUCGGACGCGUCGAAUAUAAUCACAGCAUCAGGAGAUCACACGACAAAAUUAUACGACGUUCAAUCUGGCGAACUUAGGCCUAUAAGCACCUUCUGCGGCCACAGUAGAUCCAUAAAGACAGUGGCUGCGGAACCCGACGAUCCAGCCGUAUUCGCAACAGGAGGAAGGGACGGAACCAUCAUCGUGUGGGAUAGGAGAUUCAAUCAAACUGGGAGGUCUGUCGACCUCCCAUUUGGCAGCAUUAAUCACUGCGAAGAUGCUAGUCGUUGUUUCAGUAGAUCCGAUAAAGUUAUAAUAGACAAUUCUCACGCAGUCAAAAUGUUCAAAUCGAACAAAUCGAAGUGCAAUAAAACGAACAAAAUUAACGCUUUUUACGGAACGGAAUCGAAUUCAUUCGACCCAAACGAAUCUCAAAGUAGUCCUACAUGCUCUAGGUUUAAUUCGAAUGAAUCUCAAAGUAGCGGUAAUCAUUCAGGGAAUGAACUAAACGGAUCACCGAGGAGUAUUAAUAGUAGGAGGAGGAAUUCUAAAAAAACUUGGACUUACUCUUCAGCGAAAUCCGUGACAGGAUUAGCUUUUCAAUCGUCCAAUACUUUGAUAUCUUGCGGUGCAGGCGAUGGGGCUAUUAAAAUCUGGGAUCUCCGUAAGCACUACAACAUCUACCAAAAACAACCUAAACCGAAAAGGGUGCUACCGUACCCCGGUAACAGCGCGAAAAACGGUUACAGUAAUUUGUUCUUCGAUAAUGACCGGUUGAAACUCUACGCAAAUUGCCUCGACAACGUGAUCUACUGUUACAAUAUUAAUAAUUACGAUGACAUACCAAUCAGCACAUACACCGGCCACUCUAAUACUACAUUCUACAUCAAAUCGGGGAUCAGUUCGGAUGGUAAAUAUUUGAUCAGCGGAAGCAGCGACGAUAACGCGUAUAUUUGGAAUACCGAUUUCACUGAGCCUUUCGUAAAACUAACCGGACACACGGCAGAAGUUACUUCUGUAGCGUGGAGUUGCGGUCAAAACUUCAUAGCCACUUGUUCUGAUGAUACCACUCAUAAAAUAUGGACAGUUGAAAAUGAGAAUUGGGAAACAAACGAUGGAGGAGGAAUUGUUGAUAUUCUGAAGCCAAACAAUUCAAGAACUGGUUUUAAACAGACCCGCAGAGUCUGCCCAGAUGUGGAAGUUAUCAAAUUCCAUACACAUCACUUAAAAAGAAUUACCGAGGAACCAGAAGAAGUUCCACAUAAAAUAAUGAAAACCUGCAAUAGUUUACCUAAUUCUAAAGAUCUUUCUCAUGGUAUUGAUGAUUUAUUAGGAGAAGGGCCGCCCUCCAAGAUGGCUCGAUUGCAAAUAUCUUCACCGGUUGGGAACCUUCCGAAUUACGUGCUGGAUGGGACGGCUCCACAUUUGAAUCAUUCGCCGGAAAAGAGGAAAUCCAAGGAUUGGCUGACGAGAUUGCGGCUGGAGAGGUCUCUGAAAAGAAGAUUCAAUGAAAUGUGCGAUGCAGGAAAUGAAGUUAGCCCAAAAAAGAUUAGAAUCGAAGAGAAGAAAAAUUCGACCACGAAUAGUCCCAUAUUGAAGUAUUUUAAAAUUAAAAACGGUUGCCAAAAAUGUAAUGAAAGGUAUUCAAAAUGA